AUGAACUUCACCAAGAAAUUCGACCGCGCCUUUCAAUGGGCCGGCGAGAAGAUGGGUUCCGAGUCCAAGACCGGCCACUCGGACGAGUUCAAGAUGCUGGAGCAGGAAAUGGCCCUCCGAUAUGACGGAAUGGAAAGGCUGCAAAAGUCGACCAGCACCUACGUCAAGUGGAUUGCCCGCCGCGGCGAGGGCUUCGAAGACAAGGAGAAGGGACUCCCCAUUGCCUUUGUCGGUCGCAUGAUGAUUUCCCACGGAGAGGAAUUCGAGUCUGAUUCGGAAUUUGGCGCUUGUCUGCUUGCUCUUGGCCGAACCAACGAGCGCCUGGCCGGCAUCCAAGAAGGCUAUGCAACGGAAAUCACCAACAACUGGCUGGAAUCCGUCGAAAGAUCUUUGGCCAUGAUGAAAGAGUAUCAGGCCGCACGGAAGAAGCUCGAGUCGCGUCGAUUGGCCUACGAUGCGAGUAUCAGCAAAAUGCAAAAAGCGAAGCGCGAGGAUUUCCGCCUCGAGGAGGAACUCCGUACCGCACGUGCCAAGUUUGAGGAGGCUGGCGAAGAUGUGAUGCGCCGCAUGCAGGAUAUCAAGGAGGCCGAGGCCGACAACGUCCGCGACCUGACCGGCCUGCUUGACGCCGAGCUGGACUACCAUGAGCGUUGCGCCGAGGAACUCCGCCGUCUCCGCAACGGCUGGGCCGGCAACGCACCCUCAUCCCCGACAGACCGCCGUCUUGGCAAUGGCCGCGGCCGCUCCAACACUUCGCGCUCUUACAAUGACUACUCCUCCCGCAGCCAGCCAGUUGAAGAGGAACCCGAGCCGAUGCCUGUUCGCAUGCCCAUCCGGUCGCAGCGCUCCGAGAGUACCCGAAUUGGCGCCGCUGCGGAGCCCGCGAGACCGUCUAUCGGUAGGUCCCAGACGUUUCAAGGCCCCGCUGCUGUCGAAAGACGAACGACCGCGAACCCUCCCGUACCGAGUGUGCCCAACGUGGGCUCUUUGCGUGGAAAUUUGAGGCCUACAGGCAAGUCUCUGGGCAGAGACGAUGUGUUUGCCGACCGGGAUGAUGACCACACGACAGCCAGCGGUAGCGGCAGUCCGGAAUGGGGCGAUCGCAGCGCCAGCCCUGCGACGAGCAUGGGAAGCAUCACUAAGAGCACAAGUAACUUGCAGUCCAAGAAAGCGCCGCCCCCUCCUCCCCCGAGCCGUGCGAAGAAGCCGGCACCACCGAUUCCUGCCAAGAGAGAGGUCGGGUACUAG